AUGGAGCGGUACCUGAGAGAAAACUUCCACGUUCAGCCCAAGCGCCCUCCAGAGGAAGCACUUCGCCGAUGGAGAUCCGCAGUCUCCGUCGUCAAGAACCCCCGCCGCCGCUUCCGCAAUGUGGCCAAUCUCGCCCAACGUGCAGAAGCCGAUCGGAAGCGCAAGAAGCUCCAGGAAAAGAUACGGGUAGCUCUCUAUGUGCAAAAGGCAGCGUUGCAUUUUAUAAACGGUAUCUACAUUCAAUACCUUUCACUUCACUUUAGUGGUGGCUACAUGCUCUCCAAAGAGGUCCAUGAAGCAGGUUUCCGAAUCGAGCCAGAUGAAUUAGCCUCCAUUGUUCGGUCCCACGACACAAAAUCUUUGGAACACCAUAAGGGAGUUGAAGGAUUAGCAGAAGCUCUCCGUGUGUCAUUGCAAGACGGCAUCAGUUCACACGAUGUAGAACACAGACAGAAAACCUAUGGUUUUAACCGCUUUACGGAGAAGCCCUCCAGAAGUUUUUGGAUGUUCGUUUGGGAUGCAAUGCAAGAUUUAACUCUAAUUAUCCUCAUGGUAUGUGCUGUGGUUUCAGUAGGUGUUGGAAUCUCAACUGAAGGUUGGCCAAAAGGUAUGUAUGAUGGAGUGGGAAUCAUACUGUGUAUUCUUUUAGUGGUCUUUGUCACUUCAAUCAGUGACUACAAACAGUCUUUACAAUUCAAGGAUUUGGAUAAAGAAAAGAAAAAUGUCAGCAUUCAAGUUACAAGAGAUAGUAGGAGGCAAAAGGUUUCAAUUUAUGAUCUAGUGGUAGGAGAUGUGGUUCAUCUCUCAAUUGGAGACAUAGUUCCUGCAGAUGGUUUAUUCAUAUCAGGGUUUAGCUUAUUGAUUGAUGAGUCAAGUUUAUCAGGUGAGAGUGAGGCUGUGAAUGCUGAUCAACAGAAGCCUUUUCUUCUAUCUGGAACCACAGUGCAAGAUGGCUCUGCUAAAAUGCUAGUGACUUCGGUUGGUAUGAGAACUGAAUGGGGAAGGUUGAUGGCAACUCUGAAUGAAGGAGGAGAUGAUGAGACACCCCUUCAGGUUAAAUUGAAUGGGGUUGCAACCAUUAUUGGAAAAAUAGGCUUGGGUUUUGCCUUGUUGACAUUCCUUGUUCUUACUGGUAGGUUUUUGUUUGAGAAAAUAGUGGACCACAAGAUCACAGAAUGGGGUCUAGAUGAUGCAUCUAAGCUUCUCAAUUUCUUUGCAACUGCUGUCAUUAUAAUAGUUGUGGCAGUUCCUGAGGGGUUACCUUUGGCAGUGACACUAAGCCUUGCAUUUGCAAUGAAGAAACUAAUGCAAGAUAAGGCACUAGUCAGGCACCUCGCUGCAUGUGAGACAAUGGGUUCUGCUGGUUGCAUUUGCACAGACAAGACUGGGACUUUAACUACAAAUCACAUGGUUGUAGAUAAAAUAUGGAUUUGCCAACAUACCAAGAUAAUUCAAAGAGGCAACAAUGAUGAUGUGUUGAAAAAAUCCAUUUCUGAACAGAUAUUUGAUCUCUUUUUGCAGUCCAUAUUCCAAAACACUGGCUCAGAGGUAGUCAAAGGGCAAGAUGGAAAAACCAAGGUCAUGGGUACUCCCACAGAGUCAGCAUUGUUGGAACUUGGUUUGCUUUUGGGAGGUGAUUCCAAGUUCUAUAAUAACAAGUAUAAGAUAGUAAAAGUUGAGCCUUUCAAUUCAAUCAAAAAAAAGAUGUCAGUUCUUGUGUCUCUUCCUGAUGGUACCAACAAGUAUAGAGCAUUUUGCAAAGGAGCAUCAGAAAUAGUUCUAAAAAUGUGUGACAAAGUUGUUAGUGAAGACGGCAAAGUCGUAGAUUUGAACGAGCAACAGAGAAACAGCAUCACAGAAGUUAUCAAUGGUUUUGCUUCUGAGGCUCUGAGAACACUCGGCAUAGCCUUCAAGGAUGUUGAAGGAUCAUCCUCUGGAGGAGAUAAUAACAUUCCUGAGGAUAAGUACACGUUGAUUGCAAUUAUUGGGAUCAAGGAUCCAGUGAGGCCUGGUGUAAAAGAAGCUGUGAAGACUUGUUUAGAUGCUGGGAUAAUUGUUAGAAUGGUAACUGGUGACAACAUAAAUACUGCUAAAGCAAUAGCUAAAGAAUGUGGCAUCUUGACUGAUGGAUUGGCGAUAGAGGGACCGGAUUUCCGGAACAAGACUCAGCAAGAAAUGGAAGAGAUAAUUCCCAAAAUACAGGUAAUGGCUCGAUCUUUGCCUCUUGACAAACACACUUUGGUGACCCGUUUGAGGAAUGACUUUAAUGAAGUUGUGGCAGUAACUGGUGAUGGGACCAACGAUGCUCCAGCGUUGCAUGAGGCUGAUAUUGGACUUGCUAUGGGCAUUGCUGGAACUGAGGUAGCAAAAGAGAAUGCUGAUGUGAUUGUAAUGGAUGAUAACUUCGCCACCAUAGUGAAUGUUGCCAGAUGGGGUCGUUCUGUUUACAUUAACAUACAAAAAUUUGUCCAGUUCCAGUUAACAGUUAAUGUUGUAGCUCUCAUGCUGAACUUCAUUUCAGCUUGUGUGUCAGGCUCUGCUCCUCUUACUGCUGUUCAAAUGCUUUGGGUGAAUAUGAUCAUGGACACUCUAGGAGCAUUGGCAUUGGCUACAGAACCUCCCCAUGAUGGGCUAAUGAAAAGGCCACCUAUUGGAAGGAAUGCCAAAUUCAUCACUGGGGUCAUGUGGAGGAACAUAAUUGGUCAGAGCAUCUAUCAAAUUAUUGUCCUUUUGAUUCUCAAAUUUAAAGGAAAACAGAUUCUCAAGCUCAAUGGACCUGAAGAGGAUGCCACCUCUGUUCUGAAUACAGUAAUAUUCAACACCUUUGUGUUUUGCCAGGUAUUCAAUGAGGUAAACAGCCGUGAGAUGGAGAAAAUUGAUGUUUUCACCAACAUGUUCAGCAGCUGGAUUUUCUUGAUGGUCAUGGCCUCAACGGUAUUCUUUCAAGUCAUAAUAGUUCAGUAUCUUGGUGCUUUUGCUCAAACAGUUCCACUGAGCCAGGAGUUAUGGCUAACCAGUGUCAUGAUUGGUGCGGUAAGUUUACUCGUAGCUGUUGUCCUCAAGUGCAUCCCAGCUCCUGUGAGUAAUUACAUCACCGCCCAUCACGAUGGUUACGAGCAGCUCCCCACCGGACCAGAGCUCGCAUGAAUGUGUACCUGGUCCGAUUUCCGGUAAAAAAAAUUAUAAUCACUUUCGUAAAGUUACAAAUUAUAGCUUCAGACGUGCUUUGGAUUGUGCGGCUACCGCUGAUCCAAAGACACUAUUAGUAAUAAUUUUUAACACAUUUUUUUCCAUAAAGUUAGAUAUCAUAUCUUUACCUUUUUCUUCCCCUCUCACCUCUCACCUAUGCUACCCUUUCAUCUCCCCUUUUAGUCAUUUCAGAAAACCUCUUUUUGCUUGUAGUGAUAACAUAGUUUGGUAGUAAAGGUAUAGUGGAGCCAAAUUAGGUGGUUGAGUUUGGAAAGUUACAUGUCCUCACUCCUCAACUUAUUUUAUGUUCAAGAUUACUGAUCAAAAUGUGUAGCAUGUUAAUUUAAUGAACAUUGCAUCGAAGAUCCAAUUUAAUUAACUUUAGCUUAUGACCAUAGUUUUUAGUUUUAUUGCUAUGUUCUAUUCU